AUGAAUUUUAUAGUUAAUAACGUAUCACAUGUAUAUAAUAAAACACCAAAUUUUAAUCGUUUAAUUGAACGAAUUCGACAAUGUAUUCGUGAACGUGAAAUAACAAAAAAACAACAACAACAAGAUAUAAAAAUUUAUUCGAUUCUUCAUUAUUUUGAACAUAUAAAACGAUGUAUUCAUGAUAAUCCAUUGAUUGGUCGAGUACUAUUUCAAUUUUAUAAUACAAUAAAAUAUUUUCCUUCACAUAAUAAUCGAUUUCCUUCAACAAUUAUAUUCGAUACUAAUGAAUCAAAAAUGAAUUUAGAAUCUAAAACUUCCAUUGAUAAUUUAUCUAUUGUUAGUAGUCAAAUUGAAAUAAAAUCAGAUCUAUCGAAAAUUAAUUUAACUAUGUCACAAUCAGCUGAAUUAAAUAAUUUACAAACAGUAAAAUCGACUACUCACUUUAUUCAACCAAUGCGACUUCCUCGUCAAAUCGGUGGUUUAAUGACAAAAGCAACUUUAUCAGCCAUUAACAAGGCACCUCGACAACGUACUACACGUGAUAUUGAAGUUCUAGAACAUCUAUUGAACCGUUGUGAAAGUCUUCAUCAUUUGCCUACGAAUGUUCGUCAUUAUGCUGCUCGUUCACUUUUACUUUUUACGUAUCAUCCAAGUACAGUUCUUACUCGUCAAAAUUUUCCUUCGUUUCUGAUUUUCUUUGUUAUUAUAUGUCAAUGUAUCUUAUUACUCGAAACGAAUCAAACAACAAUAUUUGGUCAUCGAUUAAAUAUUGGUGAUGUAUACGGAGAUGAUUCUCUUCAAUCAAUAAAUUAUUAUCAUUUAAAUGGUUUAAUAACAGAUGACAUGAAUUAUUGUAAUUUAAUAGGAUUUUUUUCAAGAGAUAUUAGAGCUUAUGAAAAUUAUUUAUCUGAUAUGAUGAAAAAAUCAUUACUAGAACAAUUUCGAAUGCAAUCAAUAUUUAGUAGUAUUCAAUGGCGAAAUGAUAUUUUAGAUUUUAUUUUAAAAUGGUCUCAUUAUAAACAGUAUUCAAUUGAUGAAAUCAUUUAUGGAAAUGAAGAAUAUGAACAUGAGAAUUUAUAUUUUAUUCUACAUGGUCAAAUUUCUUUUGUACGUUUACUUGAUUUUCCAUCCAUAAUAAUUAAACAUCCAGAAUAUAGUCAACUUUAUUAUAAACUAAAUAACAAAAAGAUUAAUAAAGCAAAAAUUAAACAGAUAAAUAUAGCAGAUCAAUAUCAUCCCAGUAAUGAUGAAGAUUCAAUAUCGAGUUCAUUAAAUCCCCCAAUGAAUAUUAGUAAUCGUUCUUCAUUAAUCGGUUUAAAUAUUCCAGCAAUCACAUCAAAGUCAAAUCCUCAACGACAUAUUAAUGCUAUGAUAAACGAAAAAAUCACUCAACAAAUUACAGAUGAAAAAUGUUCAAAACCAAAAACUACAUGGCGUUUUCUUCAAAUAUUUGUUCUUUCAAAUGGACAUUAUUUUGGAUUUGAAUCAACAACAAUUCAUUCAUGGUAUCUGACUCGUAGUACAGUCGAUAUAAUUUCAAUUCCAAAACAUCAUUUUAAAGAACUUGGUUCUUUUGCACCAAUGAUAUUUGAAAAACUUCGUGAAGAUUUUCUUGAUAUUUUUCCAAAUGAAAUUCUCAUUCGUAAUUCAUAUAUAAAAUAUCUUCAAACAAAUAAAUCAAAUGAACAUGAAGUUUCGACAAUCAAAUUUAGUAAUCAUAAAAAACGAUCAACUAUUAAUAAUCAUGACAUGCAAAACAUUAAUUGGAUUCCAAAACAAAAUAUUCUCAGUAUAAAAAAAAAUAAUUUCUUUUUCAUAGUAACACACAAAAAAAAAUUUCUAUAG